CGUGCGACGUGUUGCGGUCGCAGUGGAACCAUUUUUCGCGAUUCGCCGGUCGAUCGUUCCAUGUGGAUGCGGAAUUUUCGGGCUUUUCGGCAGGAAAUAAAUACAAUAGUUUCAUUUUAUUGAUAACUAGGUGAUCCGUUAGCUCAAGCCGACAAAAUGGCCACGGAACGCAAGGGAACCUUCAAGGUGGAGUACCUGCAGAAGAUCGAGCGGGAGAUGCAGGAGCGGUGGGAGCGCGAGAAGCUGCACGAGGGUGACGCCGCGGCCGGUCCGCGCAAGAGCCCGGACGAGAAGUUUCUGGUGACGUUCCCGUUUCCGUACAUGAACGGGCGGCUGCACCUGGGGCAUGCGUUUUCGCUGUCGAAGGCCGAGUUUGCCGUGCGGUACGAGCGGCUCAAGGGCAAGCAGGUGCUGUUCCCGUUCGGGUUCCACUGCACGGGAAUGCCGAUUAAGGCGUGCGCGGAUAAGCUGAAGCGGGAGAUGGAGGCGUACGGGUGUCCGCCGGUGUUUCCGAAGGAGGAGGAGGUAACGAUUGUGCAGGAGGAGCGGGAUGUGGUGCCGAAGGAUAAGAGCAAGGGGAAGAAGAGUAAGGCGGUGGCGAAGACGGGGUCGGCCAAGUUUCAGUGGCAGAUUAUGCAGAGUUUGGGGUUGAAGGAUGAGGAGAUUAAGGAGUUUGCUGAUACGGGACAUUGGUUGGAGUAUUUUCCGCCGUUGGCUAUUCAGGAUUUGAAGAGCGUCGGGUGUCACAUUGAUUGGCGGCGUACGUUUAUUACGACGGAUGCGAAUCCGUUCUUUGAUUCGUUUGUGAGGUGGCAGUUUAAUCAUUUGAAGGCGAGGGGGAAGAUUAUGUACGGGAAGAGGCACACGAUCUACUCGCCGAAGGAUGGUCAACCUUGUAUGGAUCACGAUCGUUCUUCGGGGGAGGGAGUUGGUCCGCAGGAGUACACGCUGAUUAAGAUGAAGGUCACGGGGAAGUUGCCGGCGAAGUUGGCUUCGGUUAAGGCUCCCGUUUAUUUGGUUUGUGGAACGCUGCGACCGGAGACGAUGUACGGACAAACGAACUGCUGGGUCCAUCCGGAUAUCAAGUACAUUGCGUUUGAGACUACACGCAAAGGUGAGGUUUGGAUUUGUACGCGUCGAGCUGCUAGGAACAUGUCCUACCAGGGAUUCACGGCGGUUGAGGGCGAGGUGAAGGAAAUUGCCGAACUCGUCGGUCAGGACAUUAUGGGGAUGGCGCUGUCGGCGCCGUUGACCCCGAACAAGGUCAUCUACACGCUGCCGAUGCUGUCGAUCAAGGAGGACAAGGGAACGGGCAUCGUUACGUCCGUGCCGUCCGACUCUCCGGACGAUUACGCCGCGCUGGUUGAUCUCCAGAAGAAGCAGCCCUUCCGCGAGAAGUACUCGAUAACCGAUGAGAUGGUGAUGCCGUUCGAGCCGAUUCCGAUUAUCGAGGUGCCCGGGUUGGGAAAUCUUUGCGCCGUCACCGCGUACGAGCAGUUCAAGAUCCAGAGCCAGAACGAUCGCGAGAAGCUGACCGAGGCGAAGGAGUUGGUUUAUCUGAAGGGCUUCUACGACGGAGUCAUGCUGGUUGGUGAACAUAAGGGGAAGAAGGUUCAGGACGUGAAGAAGGACUUGAAGAACUAUUUGGUGGGUAGAAAUGAAGCGGACGUUUACUACGAGCCGGAGAAGACGAUCAUGUCCCGGUCCGGGGAUGUGUGCGUGGUUGCGCUGUGCAAUCAGUGGUACUUGAAUUACGGAGAGCCGGGCUGGCAGAAGGUCACCACGGAUCAUCUGCACACGAUGGAGCUGUACCACGAGGAGGUCGAGCGGAACUUUGAAAAGUGCCUCGACUGGCUGCACGAGUACGCGUGUUCGCGAACUUAUGGGCUGGGGACGAAACUGCCCUGGGACGAGCAGUGGCUGAUCGAGUCGCUGUCGGAUUCCACGAUUUAUAUGGCAUUUUACACGGUCGUGCACCUGCUGCAGGGUGGAUCGUUCCGCGGCGAGAAGCCGAGUCCGCUCGGGAUCAAGGCUUCGGAUAUGACCGCUGAAGUGUGGGACUACAUCUUCUUCAACGGAACUAAGCCGCCUGCGAAGACCAACAUCAAGAAGGAGCAUCUGGAGCGGAUGAAGCGCGAGUUCAACUAUUGGUACCCGGUUGAUCUGCGCGUGUCCGGCAAGGAUCUGAUCCAGAACCAUCUGACGUUCUUCCUGUACAACCACGCGGCGAUUUGGCCCCAGGAUUCGUCCAAGUGGCCGCGCGGAAUUCGCUGCAACGGCCACCUGCUGCUGAACUCGGCCAAGAUGUCCAAGUCGGAGGGCAACUUCCUGACGCUGUACGAGGCGAUCGCCAAGUUCAGUGCGGACGGAACGCGUCUCUGCCUGGCGGAUGCCGGCGAUAGCAUUGAGGAUGCGAACUUUGUCGUGAACAACGCGGACGCCGGAAUUCUGCGCCUGUACACGUUCAUCGAGUGGGUCAAGGAGACGCUGGCCUCGAAGCCGCUGCUGCGGAAGGGACCGAAGGACGGGUUCAACGACGCGGUGUUCAUGAGCGAGAUGAACCUCAAGACCAAGGAGACGGACGAGAACUUCAAGCGGAUGCUGUACAAGGAAGCGCUUCGGACCGGGUUCUUCGAGUUCCAGUCAUCGCGUGACAAGUACCGCGAACUCUGCGGAUCCGAAGGCAUGCACGUUGACCUGGUCAUGGAGUUCAUCCGCCGGCAAGCUCUGCUGAUCGCCCCCAUCUGCCCGCACAUGGCCGAACACGUCUGGCAACUGCUCGGAAACAAGACCAGCAUCCUGAAGGCCACCUGGCCCCAGGUCGGAACCAUCGACGAGCAGAAGAUCAAGUGCUCCGCCUACCUCAUGGACGCCGCCCACUCGUUCCGCAUCAACCUUAAAGCGGCCUUGCAAACGAAAACAAAAGCCGGCAAAGCAGCCCCUCCCCCCGCAAUCAAACCAACCGAGGGCACCAUCUGGGUCGCCAAGUCCUUCCCGCCGUGGCAAUCCUGCGUGCUCGACACCAUGCGAGCUCUCUUCGAAGCGUCCGGCAACGCCUUCCCCGACAACAAGCUCAUCGCCGUCGAACUCGGCAAAAAGGACAUCCUCAAAAAGUACAUGAAACGCGUCAUGCCCUUCGCCCAGAUGAUCCGCGAACGCGUCGAAUCCGGCCCCGGCAAAAGCGCCAUGGACGUCACCCUCGACUUCGACGAGCACGAAGUGCUCCUCAAAAACCUGGAGUACCUCCGCGGCACCCUCGAACUCGAAACCCUGCACAUCCGCUACACCGACCAGCCGGACGCCCCCGAAAAGAUGCGCGAGGAAGUCCGCCCGGGCGUCCCGUACGCCGUGUUCUCCGUGAAACCGUUCGUCGCGGUCACGCUCGAGAACCCCAUCGAGCGGUCGGGCCUCUUCACGGUGAACCUGAACCUGUCCGACGGCGAUACCAGUAGAAGCGUGCGCGAGAAGCUCGCCAAGCAGAUCGGGUUCAAAGCGGAUCUAACCGCCCUGGAGGUGCUACGCUUCGAAGAUCCGGUCCUGGGGCCGCGCCGGCUGCCCGCCUUCCAGGACUACCGCAGUGGUAAGUUGACGCUGGAGGAGGGCACGUUCAGCAUCGAUGUGGAGCGCAAGCAGGUCUUUUUGAGCUGUGGUGCGGCGCAGAAGGUGAACGUUGGCACGUAUUUGAACUAUGUUAUUAAUUAGAGGGCGGGAGCGCUGCUUUGAAAGUGGUCCUCGUGUACUGGCUCUGCCUGGCGGAGAAUUUCCGGAAUGUUUCUUAUUUAAAAAUUGAACUUAAUGGCAA